AUGUCGCGGUCGAACGUGAUUGUGCUCUUUGCCGGCAACUCGGAGCCCUCAUUUGUGUUUCCGACGGCGAUUGCUACGUCCUCAUCUAGUGGCAGCAAGCCUUCAGGGGCACGUCCGAGUGUGCCGAACAAACCUGGUGGACUGAGCAACUCGUCUUUGGUGUCCAAGCGUGGUAUUGAUGACUUAGACUUCUAUAUUGGUAACGAGGCUUAUGCCAAUUCCAAGACGUAUCAAGUGGACCAGCCCAUCCGUCAUGGUAUCGUGGAAAACUGGGACCUGAUGGAGCGUUUCUGGGAGCAGUGCAUUUUCAAAUACUUGCGUGCUGAGCCAGAAGAAAACUACUUUAUGCUUACUGAGCCUCCGCUGAACCCGCCGGAGAAUCGUGAGGCCACGGCUGAAAUUAUGUUCGAGUCGUUCAAUAUCAAGGGUCUGUACAUCGCUGUACAGGCUGUGCUGGCUCUUGCUGCAAGCUGGACAAGCAACAAAGUGACCGACCGGACGCUUACAGGUACUGUUAUUGACAGUGGUGAUGGCGUGACACACGUUAUCCCCGUGGCCGAGGGAUAUGUGAUUGGCAGUGCCAUUAAGCAUAUUCCUCUGGCCGGCCGCGAUAUCACGUAUUUUGUGCAGCAGCUUCUCCGUGAGCGAGGUGAGUCUGUGAAUAUUCCUGCGGAGGACAGUCGUCGUGUCGCCGAAAAGAUCAAGGAGGAUUACAGUUAUGUAUGCCAGGACAUUGUGCGAGAAUUCCGUCGAUUUGACGAAGAUCCAUACAAGUACUUUGAACGCUACGAAGGCGAGCACUCUGUGACGGGACGUCGCUAUUCGGUAGAUGUUGGCUAUGAGCGUUUCCUAGCGCCGGAGAUUUUCUUCAACCCCGAAAUUGUAUCUUCUGACUUCUUGACGCCGCUGCCUGAGGUUGUCGACCAGGUGAUCCAGCAGAGCCCAAUUGAUGUGCGUCGUGGCUUGUACAAAAAUAUUGUUCUUUCUGGUGGGUCGACCAUGUUCCAACACUUUGGCCAACGCCUUAAGAAGGAUCUGAAUGCCAUCGUGAGCCAACGUAUUGCUGCCUCGGAGGCGGCUAGUGGCAACCUGGCUCGCAGCUCUGGGUUGGAAGUCAACGUGAUCUCCCAUCGUAUGCAACGCUAUGCCGUCUGGUACGGCGGCUCUCUUCUGGGCUCGUUGCCAGACUUCCACUCAUUCUGUUACGACAAGAAAGAUUACGAGGAGCAUGGCCCUAGCAUUGUGCGCAAGUUCAGUGUGCUCGGCGGUAUGUAG